AUGCGAGAUAUUUUGAGCCGUGCAGGUAUGGUGGACUGUAAACCGUUGGCUACUCCGUUUCCAGUGUCCCGACCUUCUUCUGAUUCUGUGGUUCCCUAUGCGGAUCCCACGCAGUAUCGCAGUCUUGCUGGGGCUCUACAGUAUCUUACUGUUACUCGUCCGGAUCUCUCUUUUGCCGUGAAUCGGGUCUGUCAGCAUAUGCACUCUCCAACCACUGAGCAUUGGGCUAUGCUCAAGCGUGUUCUGCGGUAUGUAAAAGGAACUCUGCACUUUGGUCUUUUUAUUCGUCCUUCCUCCUCUGUUGCGGUUCAUGCCUUUUCGGAUUCGGACUGGGCUGGUGAUCCAGCUGACAGGAAGUCUACAAGUGGUUUUGCGGUUUUUCUUGGUGGCAAUCUGAUUUCCUGGUCUUGUCAGAAGCAACGCACGGUUGCUCGUUCGACUACAGAGGCUGAAUACAAGGCUCUGGCUGAUGUGUCUGCGGAGGUCACCUGGUUGGUUUCUCUGUUGCACGAGCUUGGAGUGUCAUUGGCUGCUCCUCCCACUCUCUGGUGUGAUAAUUUGGAUCAUGAUAACCGUUCGAGGAAGCUUGCCUUUAACCUCUCCAAGUUUGAUGACUGGAAAGUUAGGAUGUAG